AUGAGCUCUGGCGCAUCAUCCUCCAAGCGCACGCCCGUGAAGAAGGCCGUGGAAAAUGGUGCUCAACAGCUGCCCACCCCGCCGGGGACACCGAGGUCGUCCAGUGGCCAACGAGGCGUUCAGCCGCCGUUCCAGCCCCAAGAUCAACAGCUCCGAUACAUGUCGUACCCAGGCUUGCAGCCCCGGGAGCCGCAGCCAGAACCGUAUCAGAGCAAUGGAAACAGGCGCAGACGCACCCAGGUUGAGCUGCAGAUGGCCCACGGCAUCGAAUGGCUCGGCUACGGCGCCGUCAUUCCGAAUGUCAGCGUCGUGACGGGUGGGGCGCUUUUGGAUGGGUCGCUGAACACGCACGGGACAAGGAUCAUGGGAGGCAAGGGCAAUUACGAGGAUGAGUUUGACGACGACGGUGAUCUUGCGGCGAGGAUGUCGAUGUCUCUCACUGUUGGGGUCAAAAGGACCGCUGCCCAGGGCAGAUAA